CCUCCACAUAAUUUAAUUCCGUUACAUACUCAAACGCCCGUAACUGCUGGGACGGCCGUUGCCGGCGCUGCACAUAAAAUUCAUUUUCCCGUCGGUGCCACACAAAUCGGCUCAAAUGGCCUCAAUGUGGCUCAAUAUGCGGCUGUGAUGCAACAGCAUUAUGCCAGCGCUGCCGCCGCCGCACGGGAACUUGAUAACAAUAGUGACUACCAGGAUAAUGAGGAUUGCGAUAGUGAAGUCGGGAGUGGCGGCCACCAGGACGACAACAGUGUUUGUAGUAAUGGCGCUAAAGACGAGGAUGGCAGUAGCAUCAAGAGUGGAUCCAUCAAUGAAGCUCAUAGUUUGAGUAAAAAGCAACGUAAAGCACGCACCGCUUUCACGGAUCACCAAUUGCAAACCCUUGAAAAAUCGUUUGAAAGGCAAAAAUAUUUAAGUGUGCAAGAGCGACAGGAACUCGCACACAAGCUUGAUCUAAGUGACUGCCAAGUUAAAACUUGGUAUCAAAAUCGUCGCACAAAAUGGAAACGACAGACUGCGGUUGGUUUGGAACUGCUAGCUGAAGCAGGAAACUUUGCAGCUUUUCAGCGACUCUAUGGGGGAACCCCUUAUUUGGGCGCAUGGUCUUAUCCAGGUGCACAGGCGCCACAUGGUGCCCCUACGCCGUCGAGUAUUGACUUGUACUAUCGCCAAGCAGCAGCCGCAGCCGCAAUGCAAAAACCUCUUCCCUACAAUUUGUACGCCGGAGUUCCUAACGUAGGAUCACUUUCUGGACUGCCCGUUUCUGCUACAGCACCGUUUUCGCAUCUCUCCGCUUCCAGUUCGUUAUCUUCAUUAAGCAGCUACUACCAGAGCGCAUCGGCGGCAGCAGUGGCUGCGGUAGCUGGUACAUCUGCAUCUAGUUGUAUUCCUGUCGACAAGCCAAUCGCUUCACCACCAUUGUCGGUCACGGCAACAGUACCAUCACCUGUAUCUCAAAAUAAUGCGACGAUAGAUCGGAGGUGCUCGUCAAAUUCUCCCACGCAAAAAUCACCUCUAAGACAUAUUGACUUGGCUCGCUCUCCCAGUCCCACUCUAAAUCCAGGAAGCCCACCUGGUCGAUCAGGAAACAGCUCACAGGUGCAGUCUGAUGACGAGGAUCAAAUUCAAGUAUCAGUUUGAAAUUAAGAUACAUACCAAAUAACAAAGUAGUGGAAAUCUCAACCCAUUCAUAUAUGUAUAGUGCUUAUCAUAACUGCAUGGUGCAUUUUCCUUCCUAUAAAAAAAUUAGCAAACAUACUUCGUAUGGAAGAAAAUUAUUGACAUCGACAACAAAAAAAAAUUCCUAAAAUCAUCGUUGUAGCACCUUCUGGCUUGCAUUUAAUGGGUUGGGAAUUGGUUGCCAAAAAACUUUCUAAAAAUUCGGAGUAAAAAAUGCUAAACUUUGAGUUUAUCAGUUCGUCGGAAUAUUUUUUAUGUUUUUUUUUUGUGUCUGUGACCGCAUAAUUUUGGACCAUGUCAAUCGAUUUCGAUAAUUCUCAUACUUCCAUACUGGUUUAGAUCCAAUCAUGGGAUCAUGAAAUAUGUUUAUAUAUAUAUUUAUAUAUGAGAAUUGAAGUCGGUUUUGUUUU